CAAGCAUUCAAACCCCACCCCCUUGGUGGUCUAGUUGGUUAUGGCGUUCGGCUGUAAUUGUAUAAAUUGUUACCGAAAUGUCGCUGGUUCGAUUCCGGCCCGAGGGAUCCUUUCUUUUUUUCUUUUUUUUUCCUCAAUUGUUUUUUAAACUUUUUACUUGCAUUGCAUUACCUAACGUCAGGUAUCUUGUAAGGUGCUUGUUGCGUCAUAAAGAUUAACUUAUUACUUGACGUUAGUUCUUGCCUUUUUCUUUUUCUUUUUCCCUUUGCACUUUUUGUGUGAGUAGUACUUAUACUUAACCCAUACCUCAUCAGUAGAUCAUCAACAACUAUUACAGUGAUUCUUAUAUGAAAACAUGCAUAUAGUUACAAGGUACCUAAUCUCCAGUGACCUUAAACCCGAUUUUACAGAGAAGUAGUAUUAUUAAUCCACGCUCGCGUGAGCGGCAUCUCAAGUACUCUAGGCAACGACGGUGCGGAAAAGCUACCGAGUACGUUUGGAGACGAAAGUUCGCUGUAACCUUGUCAUCAUAUCCGUAGUGAAGAGCAGCUACCAUGCAUACGCAUGCAAGAUCAGCCUAUGUGCCCCGUUCUCCUGGAGAUAAACGGGCUUAAAUGUCAUAUAUAAAAUAAUGUGGCAGCUGGGUCAAAGACAACUCGAUUUUUCUAUUCGCGUAGUCCUUUCAGGUUUCUAUUUCUCUAGCAGUUGUGUUGACUACCAUACUUAGACCAAGCGAUGGCCAAAGGCACGAUUCUAGUUACCGGUACCAAUGGCGGCUUGGGCUCUGCUAUUGUUGACCAGAUCUUACAUCGGCCGUCACUUGCUCAGGAAUACCACGGAUUAUACACGGUACGUAAAGUUGAGAGCGCUGAUGCUGUGAAGAGCGUUCUGAAGAACGCCAGCAAGGCGGAUCACAAAUACGACCUUGUUCCUCUUGACCUGGCAAGCCUCGCCAGCGUACGCCAGGUCGCCGCAGACAUCAACUCGCGAGUCUCAAAGGGCGAGAUACCUCCUAUCCGUGCCCUAGUGCUAUCUGCGGCAUAUCAGGAGCAUGGCCAUCACGACUUCAGCAAGGAUGGCUUCGAUAUGUCCUUCCAAGCCAGUUACCUCUCACAUUUCCUCUUGACGCUCUUAUUACUACAGAGCAUGGACAAGGAGAAAGGACGCAUACUUGUCCUAGGUAGCUGGUCACAUGACACCACCGAUCCAAGGAAUAACGUAGGGCCAUUUGCGAAUAGUUAUGUUCCCGAAGAGUUUCAUUGGAUAUUCAACAGCCCCGAUGGUAGUACCGAAGCUAUUGCUAAGGGCAAGUGGGGAGUUGAGUCUGGGAGCACAGAGGAGCAAGAUGUUUGUGUCGGUAUGAGGCGGUACGGAGCCUCGAAACUGUGCGAGGUCAUGAUGAUGCGUGAGCUAGCGCGACGCAUAUCGCAAGACCCAGCUCUCUCCAAAGUCGCGGUGCUCGGCCUGGACCCGGCGGCGAUGACAAGCGGUAUAUCGCGACGCAGCGGCUGGUUCGUGCGAAUUUUUCUUAUGAACUUCUUAUUUCCGCUGCUGGCGCCGAUCACGACGUGGCUGAACCCCAACGGCGACCUGCGGACGACGUGGAAGUCGGCCGGGGACGUGAUACACGCCUGCUUCGAUACGGACGGCGGGCUUGGCGAGUACCCGAACGGGCUCUACCUCAACGGCUCGGCCGUCGCGGACGUCGGACCGGAAGCCAAAGACGAGGCCAAAUGCCGUCGGCUAUGGGCCGAUAGUCUGGGUUACGCUAAUGUGAAAGAGGGAGAUACCGUGUUGGCGGAUUGGCGAUGAGACAGGCGUGAUUUAAUUUACGCGGAUUAACUACGACGUUUAUCGUUCUACAAUAUGUAUUUUUUUAUAUCGGAAACCCAGAUUGAAGAGACUUAAAGACCGGGCCAUAUGCCAUAUUCGCUUAUGUUUCAAUGUAUGCAACAGUUUAAUUGCGGAAUAUCCGAAGUCGGCAUCCGUGCCUAGGGAUUAGACGAGAUCUGCCGAACGAAAGGUGUGUGCCGCCAGGUCGGUAUCAAGUUGCGUUUCCCGCGGCCGAAGACGGGGGGUGGGGGAGAUCGCCUAUCUCAGCAUGCGACAUGCCAACGUAGCUCCUAUAGAUAUAUAUCUUUUCUGUAAGUAGGGACUGUGGUAGCCCGGACGCAUGAUGUGCAUUCCUAUGUCUCUACGGUGGGUAGAGAAUGGUAUCCAAGAGGUUGCUAUAGACGCAAAGCCCUCAGAGAAGGGAGCACAAUAAUGCGGUCAUAUGCAGCCUUGUUGUAGCACAACGAGAACGUUACAUGUGUGGGGUUAUAUAUUUGCGGUUAUAUUGAGAGCUUGCAUGAGCUGACUGCUUCUUCUGCAUCCGUAUGAUGCUCCAAAGGUGGGCUACGUUCAAUAAACGUCUUUAUCAUUUU